AAAGAGUCUCUGUUCCAGAAAUUCUUUGAAAUUAGAAUGCAAAUUCCAAACUGGUACAUGUACGAUCUUUCAAAUAGUAUUAUCCAACUGUUCGAUCCUGGUUUGUUCUACUCCUACGGGAACCAGAUAUCAGUGAAUACUAACGAGGACGGCGUGUCCCGUGUGUUUUAUGGCAGAACGAUGAAACUUACCGGAUCCGAGACGAUUGUAACCAACUUUAGGAAUGAAUUAAUACCUUUUAUGAUGCUGAGUGCGAUUAAAAAUCAUGAUGGAGCGAUAACAUAUGUAGAGACAAAGAUUUCUUCAUUCAUUCAUCGUAGCAAUAUUGUAUCGCAUCUGAGAAACGAGAUCACGCUCCGUGACUUUGAGUUGCAAUAUCGAGCCGUUCAGUAUUCCAGUGAAGCACAUCCAACAGCUUGUGAAUUUCAUUUUGUUAUAUUUAAUGAAAAAAACUGGAUCUCGAAUAAACCAACAACAUUUGAGAAUACGUAUAUCAAACCAAGAUAUGAAGCGAGUUAUCGCGUAAGUGGAAGCCCGUCCAACUUUAUUAUGGGAUACAUGUUGCUGACAAGAACCGCGGGUAACAACAUAACUUUAGAUCAGUUGGACGAAGUGUCAAAUGUCAUUUUAAGAACAGUGUCUGAGAUUCCAAAUUUAUUCAAUACGGAAAAUAAAGAGCAAGAUGGACUAGUUGUACCUAUAGAGUUCGAUAAAGGUAGUACCGCAAUAAUCCUGAAGAGUAUUCCCGAAAACUUCAAACCAUUUGUUGAACCUGGAUUCCUACAAUUCCGAGCUUACAACAAAAAUGGAUAUCCAAACGCAAUGUGUCCGGGCGUGAAGGUGACAUCAAGCGACCCAGAAUAUGUCUGCAUUGGAGGAUUAUCGUCAGAAUUAGGAGAACACGGUCGAUGUGGAGAUUUUGCCGGUUGGGCUGGAAAUGGAAAAUACGUCAUCGAUGAUGAUGUACCGAGCGGACUUGCCCAUUCACAGAAGGACAUUUCCUCGGCCAUUCUGAUAUUCUAUCGCUGAAUUUUACCUAAACGCCCACUGACUAAAUGUAAGAGGACUGAUAGAUAAAGUUUCUUGUGAUGAUAUUAAGUGCGAAUACAGUAUAUACUAUUGAAUUGUUGUUAACAUUAUUUCAUCGAAAAUCAGCUCCCGAAGAAUUCUACAGCAAUUCCGACGAAAUGUAUUAAUUAAAUACAUAUCUUUUUUUAUCGAUGGAGAUUUUCAUAAAUGCAUAAUUAUAAUUAUAGUUAUACGCCGUUAUAGAUUUUAUAGUCUACUGUUUGUGAGUAGCUCUUGGUGUACCAAAAGCCCGCUCGUAACUUUGUCUAUAAAUCACCUCAUUGCGUACACGUUGCCCUCCUUGAAUUGUUUUAAAAAAAUGAAUAAAAAAAAAAUUUCAAGACAAUUUUUUGGGCAUAAAAUUGAACUUUGAAAAAUGUUUUUUUCGUUACUCGUUGCAAGGAAGUCGAGGUAA